GCGCAAUGUUACGAAAAUCUUGAGAUUUAUCAUCAUAUUUAAGUGGUCUCACCUCUCCUUUUUUUACCGAUUAUUUUGCUUCGUGAAACGCAAAGUUUAUUUUCUUAUAUUAACUACUUUUGAGUCAAACUCUAAUGGCGGGAAACAAAACUAAGAAAUCUCCCAAACCUGAAGAUGUUGAAGCACCGGCAAAAAAACCUUCAAUGAAAACAGCAAGCGAUGUCAUUUCAAGACUGUUGUGGGAUGAAUCAUUACCCAAAGAGAAGUUUUUCGUGGGUUAUUUAGACAGAUUCGAUGGCAUCAUAGAGAAACCAUUCACUUCCCUCGAUUGGAGGGAUCCUGCAACUGUCGACAACUACACACUAGCAUUGCCCAAGCAUAGAAUCCAAUACUUUAAAUACUUGAGCAGAAAAGUGUGGGACAAAGCUACACGAAAAGACAUAGUAUUUGGUUCUACGGGUUAUCCACACACUAUUCUCGAAUUCAUGGCCAUGGUUGACCAGGAUAUAUUGGAAUUUCAAGAAGAAGAUAUGGAUGAUGGUAUAGAGCCUAUAAGAAGUGGAGUUAUUCCAGAAGCUUCUAUUGAUAGUGACAGUGAUGAGGAAUACGAUAUGUCAGAGCGAUCCAAUUUCUUCAUUGCUGCUAGAAUUACUGAUGAAAAGAUAGUUAAUCAUUUAAAACAAGUGUCCGAUUAUAUUAUGUCCAAAGAUGAGCUUUUAGCUCCUUGUUGCAUGGCACCUGACAUGUUUCAUUUAACUUUAACCAUUCUUAAACUUGAUUCUCCCGGUGACGUUAGCAACGCUGUAGAAGCUUUGAAAGCCCUUUCGCAAAUACCGUUACCUCAAGCCCAAAUCGAACUCGACGGGUUAGAUAAUUUCAAUUUAAGAGUUCUGUAUUCGAGAGUUGAGAAAAACGAUGAACUUACGACUCUCAGAAACAAAUUAGUUGAUGAACUAGUGUCUAGGAACUGUAACAUUACAGAUAAAUUUAAAUUUGUACCACACGUAACGCUUGCAAAGCUUUCCCGUGCUAUUUGUAGAAUGCGGCAUAGUAAUUUCAUAGAUCAGUAUCUGUAUCUAAAAUUUGAAGAUGAUUAUUUUGGUAAACAGGCUAUUGAUAAACUGUAUUUAUGUGAAAUGGGAGCAGCGCGGAGAGAAGACGGUUUUUAUAAAUGUGCUUGUGAAGUAUCUUUAAAUACUUUAUAAUAAAUUUAUAACCUAAACAUA